AUGUCCGUUUCAGGUCUCUCUCCAAAUGCACAGGCUCAUGCUACUCAUGCUUUCAUGAGUCAGUCGCCGCCAUCGUUCAGUCCGCUUCGAGAGCUGCAUGAGACUUCCAGUUCGGAGAGUCACUCUAGAUGCGAGGAGCGAGAGGCUGAAGCGAGUGAUCCUGUGCGGCAACAACUUUUUCAGGAGAGAGAGCCUUGUUCUGCAAGCGUGCAAGUUCUCGUCAACGAAGGGUCUGCGAGCGAAGAGACGGACGAGGAGGAGGCUGAGGAAGAGGUACCCGAGCACGAUCCGAACCAAGAGGAGGUGAAAGAGGCUGAGGAAGAGGUAUCCGAGCACGAUCCGAACGAAGAGGAGGUCGCCGAUCGCCCUGAUGACCAAGAUGACCAUCAGAUCGUUGCUGCAGAUGGGGGCAUCGCUGAACAGUGGAGCGGCACCCUGCCACCAGAAGCAUCCUGCAAAUGGGAGGUCUCUGAUGAAGUUUGCUCGCUUUCCUUCUCGGGAUCUGACAUCAAGCUUCCUCGUUCUGUCUACGACCGGCUAUACCACUAUCAGCGUCAAGGGGUGGUCUGGAUGUGGAAUCUCUAUCACAAGGGCUUCGGUGGAAUUCUUGCCGAUGAAAUGGGAUUGGGCAAGACCGUGCAGACCGCGGCCUUCCUGGCCUGCCUCAAGUUCACGAACCAAGGAUCGCGGUUCCUGGUGGUGGUCCCUGUGACUCUCUUGGAGCAGUGGCGGAGAGAGCUGGACACUUGGGCCCAGAACACAGGCCUGGCGGUCCACGUCUUGCACGGCGCAGCGCAUGAGCGACGCGCGGCUGUGAAGGGCCACUCGAAACGAGGCCAUCGCUGCCUGAUCUUUUCGCAGAGCGUUCGGAUGCUCGACUUGAUCCAGGCAGGACUGCGGGGUUCUGUGAAGGCAGACGGCUGCGUGCUGAGAGUCCUGGGUCUCAAGUUCCUGCGCAUCGACGGCAGCAUCGACCCCAAGGACCGCGAUGUGAAGCUGCAGAAGUUCCAGCAAGAAGGUUCUCGAUACUUCGCUCUGUGCCUAAGCAUGCAAGUGGGUGGCACGGGUCUCUGCGUUACUGGUGCCGACCGGGUCAUCUUGGUGGAUCCAGCCUGGAACCCUUCUGCUGAUGCCCAAGCCAUCGAUCGUGUCCACCGAAUUGGACAGAAGAAAGAGGUUGUCGUCUACAGGCUCAUCGGCUCUGGAGCAAUAGAGGACAAGAUGUUUAGACUCCAAAUAUUCAAAGGAGGCUUGUCCAAGACCUUCAUGGAGCAUGAGCAGCAAGUUCGGUUCUUUACCCAUCAGCAGUUGAAGUCGCUCUUCGAGCCACCGAGUCAGUCUGCUUCCACGCAGUCCCUGCUCGCCGAGCAAAUCGGGACAGAAGCUUUGGAGCACGAGGUAGUAGCUGCAGAUGUGGGAAGCACGGGAAGCACGGAUGAUCCACAAGCUCUAGCUUUCUGGCAGAGCUCCGAUGUCUUGGGCUUCUCUGACUACCAGCGCCUCUUCAUGUUCCUGGAGCAAACAGAUUCCGAAGAGCAGGAGGCAGUCGAGCAGGCAAGAGAGUUGGCUGCGAAGCUCAAAAGCGAAGAGUAUGUGAAAGAUCAGGUAGUUCAGGGAAAGUGGCGAGGAGAUCGCUUUGCCAAAGAGAAUGUGUCACCUCAAGUAUCGGAGCCGCUGAAAAAUGCGGACGAUCUCCAAUGA